GUCCGCUGCCGUUACCCCACUGCGUCAUCUCUCGCCGACAUCGACCGACUGAAUGAAUGGGGCGGCCCAUUAAAGCCAGCUGCAGUUCCAGACGCAGACAGAGCCAGGCCCCGAUCGCAGCACUGGAAGAAUUGGGUUGGAGAGACGUUUGUAACCUUGAGUGAUUGUAUUACGUAUUUUAAAAAGUAAAAAUGACUUAAAGCGCUAAAUAUAUAUGAAUUACAUCUUAUAAGUAUAACUUCUUAAUAUUUACAAAGUAAUUUGAAUAAUCAUAUUAAUAAUAAUAAUUUAUUUAUUUAAAUUUUUUUAAGAAAGACUUGCAAUUCUUUGUCAAUACAGAAAUCAGUGUGGGCGUCGUCGCCGCAACAUAGAGAGCGUGGAAAUCCAGACAUUCCAGAAUCGGUCCCCAAAAGUGCUCUCUCUGGCUCUCUGCACACACGUUUGAGUUGGAUGCGAUCGGCGAUCGAAAAAGUCCCCACCAGACUCAAAGCGCCACCCCUCCCACGAAUUCGUGAGUAAUGCAACGUCGGACCGAUUGGAUCGAUGCAAAUGCCCUGAUCAUGUGUAAUUGCGAUCUAGACGAUCGCCGGUCGAGCGGUUAUCAGUUGGCCGCGUCCGCUGGGGUCCAUUGCGUCAUCCGCACUCUGUUUGUACACAGCGAUCGUGAUCGAGGCCGUAAUGAGAUCCGCACACAAAUUGCUCCGCCUGCGAAAAAAAGCACUUUCACUCUCACUCUCGUUGGCGGGACAGAAUCCGCCGUGCAGAUCAUAUGCCAUUGACCAAGAUGCCGCGUCGGAUGGUCUUUCUGCAGCUGCUGAUGCUGUGCAUUCUGGUGCAGGGCCACUACUACUACGACUAUGGCUACUGGGAGAUCAACGAGCCUCCGCCGUUGUGUUCGGACUACGAGAUGCUGGUAGUCAACACCCACCAGUGCGUGAGGCGCUGCAACAUAGUGUGCCGGGAUGGGGUCUGCUUCGAGGACGGACCCUGUCCUUGUGCCGAUCAGUAUAUGGCCGGGAAUCCGGACGGACUGGUCUGUGCCUCCGAGUGCCUCCCUGGAUGUCGUGAAGCCGGUGGCUACUGCGCUGCCCCCGACCUGUGUGUGUGCCGUAAUGACAGGCACUAUUACUUCGAUCCCCUGUCCCAAAAGUGCCGUCACAGGGCGGCCCGACUGCUGGACCCAUGUCUCGGGCGCUGCACCCAUGGCAGCUGCUCCUCCGACGGCCAGUGUAUCUGUGCUCAGGGCUACGAAUUAAGGGCCAGUCUGCUCCACGGACAUCAAUGUAUGCCCAUCUGUGAUCACAAUUGCGGACCCCAAGCCUACUGCUUCGCUCCCAACUUGUGCGCCUGCCGUCACAAACACCACCAUUAUGCUCGCAAAGGAAUCUGCUCCAGGGACUAUUGACCUUGUAAGGCCAUCUGCAAGCCAGAGGGGCUGUUUUAGGACAAGCUGAUGUUUCGGUUAAAUGGCCUGAGGCUUGUUUAAAAUAGGAUUCGUUAUAAAAACUAUGAAUAGUUUUUGAUUAAUUUAUUGUAUUUAUGUAGAUCUCAGGCUACAUACACGACAUAAGUUGAGAGAUAAAGACUAACUGAACUCUUUUCGAAGCUCAGUUAUCUUUUCAUUUAAUCUGCCAAUGUAAAAUCAUUGUAAGGAUUGGGGUAACGUAAGUGGAUCCUGUAACUCGAGUUUACGUUGAUAGUAUCAGAUUUGAUUAUAGAAAGAACAACUUUAAUAAAUGCACCAACCAAUUUCUUCACGUUAGUAAAACGUGCAAAAAAAGUAAAAAAAUUAAACUAUAAAUUAAUGGAGACAUCAAAUAUAAAUGUGAAAACUGUUUAACUGUUAUAAAUGCACCAACUCAUAGUUUUUGCUUACAUUGGUAGAACGGGCGAAAAAAAAGAAACCAAUACUUAUCUGUAGAACUGUGGAUACAUAAAACAUACUUAAACAAAAUACAUUUUCCAUUAACAGCAGAUAAAUAGAUGCUUAAAUAAUAACUUUUAUAAAUAUAUAAGAAUGAAAAAACAUAGACCCACUAAAUAUUUAAAAUGGAUUUAAUGUGGUUAAUUGAUGUAGAUGCUGAAUUUUUUUCAGUCUCAACUGUAUGCGGAAACAGAUGUGCCUUGCCUCUGUAGGGGAAUAUUGGAAGAGCACUGAAAAGUCUUUAAGAGCGGAAGAGAGCUGGCUAACUGGUUUUGUUGUUGCCUUACAUAGCGACUUUGUUAUUGUUUAUAACAGAAUGGGCGCAUAGAAGGCCCGUCGCUAUUAGUUUAAAUAAGUUAUCCACAGAUAUAUGAAUAUCCGAUCGUCAUCAGUUUCGCAAACAAAGCUAAUCGAAGAAGGCAAAAAAUGCGUACGUGUUCCCCAGAGGCGUCGCCACCGAAAACAAAUGC